AUGUCUGCUAAGCUGCUGUCGUCGUUGGUCCAGACCAAAUCCAUCGAGCUGGUUUUGGCGCCAAUUGCCUCACAGGUUAGCUGAUUAAUUCUCGUGCAACUGAGAUUUGUGUUCAGAUUGCAAAGAACUGAUUUUUUUGCACUCCUGACGCUAACGUUUGGUAACCAAACUAUAAUGAAGUAUUCUCUACAACCUUAGCUAAAUCUGAAUUGAAGGGUCCGUUCUUGCUUUUCAGCAACCGCGUUUUUAGGGCGAGUUUGUAUACUAAAUGCUCUGCGCGCACAUAGUUGUCAGCUGGUUUUCAUGUAACUUUAAAGCUCAGCAAACGCUGCUACUUUUCAUUUUGCCUUAACUUUUAAUAUUUAAUACCAAAACAUCGUUUUGAUAUGACAAGCAGUAUUUAGAGCGGCAACAUUUCAAGGAAUAUAUGUUUACAUUUUACUCCAUUCCGCGCCAGCAUCACAUCUCAUACUGGAAGCAAAUUAUAUCUACAGUACCUCAAUUUUUAAUGGCAUUCCGUAACCUGCCACUUAUAAGUACCUCCCAACCCCAGUUAUAGGCUCAUCUACCAGUAAACAACAAAAAAAAUACAUCCAAUCAGAAGCCCGCUCUGCCUCAAACCCCGCAUAUUAGACCCGCUCUAAAUGUGUACAUCGUUUUCACUGUCACGCAACAAAAAAAAAAAUUGGAAACCAUCCAGUGGAAAAAGCCAAGAAAAUGAAAUGUUGUAAAAGACUAAUAAAUAAACAGUCUCAGGUCUUUGUGCCCACAGUUUCUGAAUUAUUUGCCAAAACGUUUCACGCACCUUUGUAGAGCUUUGUAUGGAGACGCCAUAUUGGUGAACUGUUUUGGUGCACCAAUAUGGCCGCCGGAAAACAUAUGGAGUUCACGUUUUCUAUAAAAUCUCUCUCUAUUUACUUGAGAACUAGCAUAUAUACACAUAAACAUAUUUUCUAAUACUUGAAAUGGUUAUACUGCUGAAAAUCAAAAGGAGAGACUUUUUUUCAAUGAGACAGCAUUCCUACUUUGGUGUCACACACUGUGAAAACUCAAAAGUUAAAAUUGCUGUAUUUUCGAAAUGAAACAUGCUACAGGAAUGGAAACUUGUACACAGCUGUACAAAAAUUUACUUUUUGUUUAUCUUCAACCUAGGGUAAAUAAGAAUUCGUAAAACCUCACUAUUUUUACUUUACAAUUUGAUGAUAUCACUGUGAAAACCAUCUAUUGAAAUGAUUUUGAUUUUAUGAUGAUGGUUUAAAGCUAAAUUAAGAUCUAGUAAAUGCAAAAGGGUAUUUUGAUCAGCUCUGCUACAGCUUGCUUCAAAUCGCUUUUUCCAUUCCAGGUUAUAAGCCGCCUCAGAUCAAUAUGAGCCCCUCUGUUUCUAGGCCCUCCUAAAACUCCGAGUGAAGAUGUAUUAGCCCUGGCCUCAAAAGUGGAAGUUUACUGAUCUCAACUGAGUUGAGUAACCUUUGAAUGUUUGGUUGAUAUCUGUAAUAUAUGUUUGUCCUCUUGAAGGUGUCACAAUUGAUUUUGCUCAAUGAGGCAGCACAAAGAGAAGGUGUUUCGUUACCAGACUUGGUACCUAGUGCCCAGCAGAUCAGACAGGCCAUUGAGAGUCUGGUACUAGCUGGACAGAAGUUGGUCACCGAAACUCCAGAUGAUGUAUGUAUAAUAAUGUAUAUAUGUACAACAACUACAGCAAACAACAACAACAAUUUUAUUAAACAGCACUGAAAUACAUUUAAACAUACACACUACAUGUACCUACAAUUAGCUAUUAAAGCUAUUUGAGGCAGGCAGUGUAGGUACUCUACACACGUGAACUGAUUCAUUUAAAGACAUUUUACAUGGAAAAUAACUGCAUUGUGCUAACAAUAUAAUAUAGUGACCUUUUUUCUAUUUUUUGAAGGGGUGAAAAUAUACACAGAUCUAUACAGUCUUUUUUUUAAGAUCAUCAUCUUAUCAGAGCAUAUAUUAAGCAACACCCAGGUGUAAUGAAUGUGCACUUGGUCUUUAGGGUUUUACUUGUGAUGGCUGUAAACUUACAUGUAGAAUGCUUGCAAGUGAAUAGUUAAUCCCAGUAAUUCAGUCAAGUCUGGGUUCACAGAAAAUGUCUCCAUAGGACAGUGGCAGAUCCAGGGGGAGGGGCCUAGGGGACCCGGGUCCCCCCCCCCCCCACCACCUCAUUUUUAGACCAACCAAAAAAUUUUUUUGAGACCCCCCUUAUCUCAAGGUCUGGAUCCGGUCUGUAGGACACUUCUAAAUACCAGGUAGCAUUAUUAAAAAGUAUGAUUUGUAUGAAUUUUAUAUGUGACCUAAUUUUUGGGUAAUUUACAAAGAUUGAGCUGCAGAAAUGAUAUUGUUGUAAUAAUGGGUGUAAUUGACCAUAAUUCUAGGAUUUGAAGUCAGCAAUGCCGUUGGCAUGCGAUGCAGUAAAAGAUGCGGGGAACUGCCUACUGAUGGCGACUCAUCAGCUCAAGCAGUACCCAUUCUCAAAUAAAGUCAGAUACAAUUUGGUGGACUCAGCAAGGAACAUUCUGGAAGGAACUAUGAAGGUAUGAUAUUUACCCUAAACUAAUGUUAAUAAAACCUCUUAUGUAAAAGUUACUGGUCUUCAAAAAGAUAGCAGAUGAGUUUUUUUAUUCAACAGGGCAGUCAUAUUCAAAAAAGCUUUGGAAAUGAGGUAGUUACGUUAACAGGAAUUACUACAGUGUAACCCUUAAAUUUGCCUUAAUGUUUUGUCUUGCAUCAUAUGCUAGGUGUUGCUUGUUUAUGAUGAAGCUGAGGUUCGUAAGAUUGUCACAUCAGCACGCUGGGUCAUGGACCGACUUCACCUCGUGGAAACUGUUAACUCUCCAAGAGAACUGGUAGUUAGUUUCAAGGUAAACUGAAAAUAAGUUUAUUUCUCUUGUUAUGUUAUAAAAUAUUUAUUUGUCAUUUAAUUUUAAAAGCCUUGAUUAGCAAGUUUAGUACAGUGUAUCUUGCAUCCCAGGGUGAAGAGUGUAGCCCUGUCAGGCCAAAAGAGUUUGCUUCCUUCCCUCCUCACUGGCUGGUAAUAAUACCUGGUGUCUCAUUAUAUCACCAUAUACACUUUGUUUAUUAUACACUCCCUGAUUUUCUUUUUAAGAGACUUCAACACUUACAAUUUGCUGCAGCUAGUUAUGUCACUGGAUGUUAUGUUAAAAACAUAAAGGAUGCUUUAAUAAUAGGUUGGCUACCAGUGAAGGAAAGGAGAGAUUUUCAUUUACUUAAACUUGUUUUCAAGGUUUUAUAUUCUGAUGCCUGGCCAUCUUAUCUCAAGAUUAAUGAGGUUGUCCAUACACGGCUAUCUGUUACCUUCUAAUGCUAUGAAAUGAUUAGUUACUCCACCAGAGAAUGGCAGCUUUCAAGAUGGUGCUGCAGAGCUUUUUAAUAGUCUUUCUGUUCCUAUUAGAAAUAGCACCAAUUUUAAUUACUUUUGUUGUGAGAAACACACUCGUUUCUUUGAAAUCGUAUUCAGUAAUUAAUCCUGGGUGUGCUUUUGUGAAAUAACUUUACUUUUUCCUGAAGUGAAAGGGCAAGAUGUAUAUUUGUGUUAGCCUUAUGCUGUAGUUUUUCUUAAACAUUAUAUGUACUUUAGAUUUAUUUGUUUUAUUUAUUAUUUGUUCUUAUUUUAUUUUUUCUCAUUUUUUGUUUGCUUAAUGGUUUAAUAGCCACUAUAUCUUUUUCAUCAGCCACUUGCCAAUACCCUAUUAUUUGUACAUAACAGUAAAUGCUAUAUACUAUACAGCAAAAUAUUUAAUCUUUAGUGAUCCUUGUAAUUUUUAUUUUAUAGUAGUUUUUUUAGAUAGUAGUUUUAGUAUGUUCAGACAAAGAGCCUCACUGACAUGGAUACUCUGGCACUAAGCCAUUCUUCUUCUUCUUCUUCUUCUUAGUAUUAUUAUUAUUAUUAUUGUUAUUACUGUUGCUGUUACUAUUAUUAUUAUUAUUAUUAUAUAUUUUGUGGUUCAAUUUUAUCCUUGGUUUAAGUUUUAUUUUCUUUUGUUUUUAACUCAUUAUCACACGUUAACAUACCUAAAAACAAAAGAAAAUAAAAUUUAAACCAAGGAUAAAAUUGAACCACAACAUAUACACCAUUUUAGUCCACAAUAGUUUUUGUGAAUAAGGAAUUCUUUUCUUGCUGCAGAGCUAUACAGAGUCACUCAUGCUUUUGGCAAGUUUAUGCAACAAGAGACAACAAGUAUGUUAUUUUCACCCUCUUCCCUCAAAUGUUAAGAAUUCUGAGUCUUCUUUUUUUUCUUAAUAUAAUUCAGAGUGUGUUAUAAUAAAAUUUAUUAUCAGUUUUAAUUUGAACUGAGACAAUUCAACGAAAAUUUAUUCAGCUUAAUUAUGAUGCUGAAUACGUUUUCUUUGAACAGUAUCAAUUUAAAUUCCCUCAGGUAAUAAAUUAAAACAGUUAUUUAAUGGAAUGAAGAUUGUAUAUGUCAUUUUAUAAAUUUCUCACUUGUUUUUAAUUAUACUUUCCCCCUAAAGGAGCUUAGCAAUCCACGACAGAGGGAUAGGCUUUUAUCAGCAAUGAUGGUCUUAAAGAAGUCUAUAGGAUUACUGUCAACAUCUAUGCAAGUGUACCUGAGUAAUCCUACCAACCUACAAACAAAGGUGUCCUUUAAUCCAUAAUUGCUUUUUAUUUACUGUUGACUAAAUUUCAAACAGUAAGUUUAGAUACAAGACUUGAGAGGCGUGUAGAAUCUGAGUUAGCUGCAGUGCUUUAAUUUUUGCAAAAGGCAAGUUUCUUUUCAAGUUUGCUGGAAGUGUUGUUUUUCCUUACUUAUGUUAGGCCAUUUGCUAAAAAUAAUAAUAGAAAUAACACAAUGAAUAUUGUCUGUAUAUAAUGAGCAGAUUUUUUUUGCUAUAGGCAAAUCGUGAUUAUGUAAUUGGUCAAAUCAUGUUGGCUUGCACUGAAAUUAUUAAGAUUGUUGAAGCCAGAGGAGACCUGGAUCAGAGUAUAGAGGAGCCAGGCUACAUGGCUGCUACAUUGGAAAAGGUAUAAAUAAAAAUAACAUGUGUUUAAACUAAAUACAGAUUAUGAUUUACACCCCGCCACCUGUUGAUGUUACAGGUCAAAUGUGAAUUCAGGUUAAUUUUUAUUUAACCUACUAGAGAGGUUAUUAAUUUUCUUUGUGUCACGUAUGUAACCCUAAAAGACAAAGGAAUUUGACAAUCAAGUUGGGUUAAAAAUUGUUUAACCUGAAAUCAAAGUUGACCCAUAGACACCACUAUUCAAAUCAUACGCUGGUAGCAGUAUACAGGUGUAUUCAUUGAAUUACUAAUAACUUCCCCCCCCAAACCCCCUUGGAUCUGCUAUCAAGGAAGGUUUAAACUUUCUCUAUGCACUAAAUAUUUAGUCGGGAUCUCUUUGUUGCUACUGGUAAUGUUUUCCUGAAGUACUCUUGUCACUGUCUUGGGCAAAUUGUUCCAAAGUUGCAUUUAUGGUAAAAAUCUAGGGCUCAGUUACCAUUGCAACUCUUACACUCUGUUUACAGCUAACCCAGAAUUAGAGCUAAUUAGUUUUGUACUUCAUGUACUUGACCCAUUGUUGAAAUCACAAGGGAACAGGAAGAGUACAGUAAAUGUGGUACUUAAAGAUAAUGGUGGUGGUGAAUGCAAAUCAUUGAGAAUGGUGUCUUCUUUUUAGGCUCACAAGCAGCUGUCCCCUCAUAGUAGACUGGGAUCCAAUAAUGAGCUGGACUGUUAUUUGGAUGCUAUUGUGCGCAGCAGCAUGGGUGUUGCCAACAGCUGUGAAGGAGUGAGAAGAGAGAAGAUUGUACAUGCAUGUCAGAGUGUUAGUACUGAUAAGUGGCUUUGUGAAUUAAUUUUAGAGAUCUACAUACAGCUGUAUGUUAAAUAAUGUGGUCAAGAAGUUGCAUUUGAAAAUAAACAAGGAAUACUUUCUUUUGGUAGAUAGUGAUGCAGUCUAUUAUUAACAAUGCAUGGUCUAUUGCAGUUCAUUGUCCAAUGUUUCAUUGAAAAUCUUGAUUCAUCAUUUUUUGAUUGGAUAGAAAUGUAAAACAAGAUCUUUCAGAUUAGUUAGUUCAAUACACGUUAAAGAACUAAACUGAUUGAAUUGUUACUAUUAAAAUUGAUCCUUUCAGGUUCUGCAAAUGAGAAAUGAGCUGGCUGAUCUGCAGAAAGCAUUUCUUGCAAACCCUUUGUCACAAAGAACAAGGUGAUGUAAGCUCUGUUUAGGGUAACCUACUGUCAGUUUUGUUACUGAGAAAUGGAAGUCAUCUUUCCAGAUACCAGAGGAAGUGUAAAAUACACUCUAAGGGACAAGCUUUGUCUUCAAACAAAAAAAUGCACAGUGGGGAGAAUAUAAAUGGACUGUUCCUGCAUUUCUCUGAACAAAGGCACCAACUCGAGGGUUGGGGGACAAAAUACAGUGAUAUUUUCUAAAUUGAAUUCCUCCUGAAAAAAUGGGCCUGAGCCUGCGAUCAAUUAGAAACCAAUAACUGUUCAGCGGAAAACUUAAAAACAUGAGUUGUACACCUGACCCUGUUACAAAGUCGUGUAAUACUGAUCAGCAGAUACCCUUUUUUGACAGCUGUCAAUUGACCAUAACAUGGAUGUCCAAAAGUAUGUGUCAGUGUGACGUUUCACAUCCACUGACAAGAACGGGCGGACAUAUGGACCAACCAUUUUUUUACAAGCAAAUUUCUUGAAUGCAUAGAUAACCAAAUUUUCAUGGCACUCCUCUCGAGAGCUCCGCUAUGACUGUUAUUGCAAGUGCCAUAUUAAUUACCUGAUAAUGUUAAAAUAUGCCAUAUUUUGCUCUCAUUUCACUUUAUCUCUCCUCAGACAUGAACUCGACCUGGCAUCUGAACGGUUAUCAGUAGAACUAAAGAAACUCGAUCGUCAUGUCUCCACCGCAGUGAUUGAUGACAUAACCACUGUGUUUGCUGAUGCCGAGUUACCAGUUCAUAACAUGAUACAAGCAGCUACUGCGCCCCUCUUAGUAAGACAGCUAAAGAAAAUAUAGCCAGGUUUCUUUGUACUGUCUAAAUUAGACGCUUAAGGAUAAACUGUUGCCAUACUGCACCGGUGGGAAGAAGGAAAAUUUGUUACAAUAUGCAAAAACUCAAACUAAAACAAAAAGGUCUGAAUUAUAGAGCUUACCUUCUUCAUGAACGAAUUUUAGACGUAGGACCUUUAUUGUGAUAUAUUUUAAGAAAAAUGAAGGAAAAUAUCUUUCCAGUUUACGAGUAGCAUCAAGCGUAAAUCGAUUGUAGCUACUUUGUCGAUAGUUAACUAACAUAUCUGAGAAAAAGCAAAAGCAAGCACCUUUAUUGCAAAAUGGAAAAAAUAAUUUUUUUAAAAAAACUUUAUUUUUAAUAUUAGUGCUCGUGCAGUAACUACGUUUUGUGAUAACAGGAUAUGAGUGUACAAAGUCAAGAAGAUGCAGUAAUGAGAUUACAAGCAAAAGCUGAUGAAUUCCAAAAACAUGCAGCAAGAUUAGCAGAGGUAGCAAGGCAGUGUGCGGCUUUAUCAGCUGAUGCAAGAAGUGAGUUCCAAAAACCACGAUCUAUUGUUGACUUUUAUUACAGAGUUAUCUGCAUGAUUGUAAAAUUGAUGCUAUAUUUUUAUGACAGGGAAACUGCACUCUUAUAAUGUUGAUGCCAACAUGGCUGAAUUGAAUUCUGAAUCAAAUUCUUGUUAAAGAAGUGAAAAGAAAAUGCAGUUGCGUAGAAAUAGGCAAUUGCACGAUAACGCAUUUUACUGUUACUACCAUAACCCUUGACGCCAUCGCUAUGGAAUCUCCCGCCAACUGCCAUUCAGAACAGUACAGUGGAUUUUCCCCGUUCGAGUACUGGUUUCUGGUCCAAACGUUUGUCUACUUGCGCCCCCACCCACAAAACCGAUUUGUCGACUCUUCCCUAUUUUCGUCUGUUGGCCAUGACAGAUGCAAGAUCUUGACUCGUAAGACCGGUAUGACUCUCUUGCUGGUCAAUGCCGGGAUGUUGUUGCUGGGCAUUCCCUUAAGCGUCUGUUAUCUCGUUAUCAGUUUGCCAUAUUUGUUACUCUGACCACCUGUUAUUACGACCAGCUUUCAUUCUCGGUGAGAACAAGUAAUAAAACCGAUCAAUCUUGAGCGUGUUUCAUCUUACGUAAAGUAGCGUUCAGUGAUAUUUGUGAUUUCCAACAGAUUGAUGUUCACAAACUAUAUUUGUCAUCACAUAGUCCAGAAGGACAUAGUAUCAUAAUGUUAACCACCCGUUCGGCAACGUUAAAGAAAACGUCAUAAAACAACAGGGCCCAGUUCUUCGAAAGGUGGAUAACACAAUUGAUUUCCCUAUUGCAUAUCCAUUGGAUAGCGAUUUAUCCGGUGGAUAGCGCUGUCCAACGUUUGAACAACCGGAGCCAGGUUUAAUCCCCAGUUGCUCGAGCAAUUUUUUUUUUCUUGUCAAGGAAAAAAGAUUUCCUGUAAAUGUGACUUGGCAUAAGUAAUUUCUGGCUACAUCGACGUUCUGGCUAAACUCUGGCGUUCACUCGCAUUUCUCUUACUUUUGUUAGGGGUACAAGCGAUAAAUGGAACAGCUAAUGAUAUCGAAAAACUUGCUCCUCAACUUACGUCAGCAGCCGUGAGAGUGCGACAUACUCCCACUGAUAUAGGCUGUACAGAACAUCUUGGUCAACUGAGAAGAGAUUGGACAGCUAGGAUCCAUGUACUCACUUCUUUGGUUGACGACAUCACAGACUUUAAUGACUUCGUGCUCAUGACGGGUAUAAUAUAAUAUUUAUUUUAUAUUGAUCUUAGAUUAAAUUGGCGACAGGCGUGACUCUUCCCCCGCCCUUACAGUACCUGCGCUCUCGUCUCGCGUAGUUGCCAAGGUUACCUUCCGUGUAAAAUUGGCCUUCUGUUCUCUCAGACCGACCACCUGUUAGGCGCCUGCUCCCUCGAAAAGAGUUUCUCGAGUCCUUCUGCAAGCUUGACAGUAAGCUUGAUAUCCUGUACACUUAUGCUUUAUGACCGUGCGUAUUUUUUACUCUUAAGAUUUCAACAUCCAGAAAGAUAUUACGUGUUCUCAAGAAGCGUUACGUGAGCAAGAUAUUACAGCAGUGUCCCAGACCUCCCUCAGAAUGCUUGGCCGAGCUAGAAGAGUUGCCAUGGCUACAAAGAAAGAGAUGAAUGUGACCGCUGAUCCAAUGUACAAGGGAAAGCUACAGGCUGCGUGCGCCGAGCUGGAAUCAGGUUUGCCUAAUCUACAGUUUAGUUUUCUCUCUGAUUAUCUACAUAUUCCUUCCGUAGCUGGCGAGAGCAUGUUAUGUGUCAAGGCACGUAUUAGCUUAAAUUCUUUAAAAGGAAAAAAAAAUUUCUUGUUGUCUUUUUGACGUUUUUGUUUUUGCUGUCGGAUUUUUCUCUUUUACCCAUGAUAAGAGAUAUUUAGUUUCGUUAAUUUCACUCUUCGUCAGCAAACCGUACAUGAAUCUUUUAAUUUGCACUCUUACUUGACAGCUGGAAUGCAGAAUGCCUUACUAUUGCACCUUCGACUUUAUGUGGUUAUUUAUGUAUGUAUCUUACAAAGCAAACAUACUUGCGAGUUUGCUAGUAACUUGUUAAUUAAGAUGUUUGGCGGCUUUGUUUAGCAUACACAACCGCUUCUGGUUUGUUUUUAGUUAUUAUACCUCGCUAGAGCAGGUGCUUUAAAAUGCAAAAUGUUAUUUGUUUCGUUUAUUUUCAGCGCUUCCAAUAGUAGUUCAAAGUUUAGAAGGAACCUUGUUGAACAUGACUGAUGUCGACCAGCAUAACAAGCUCUCUGAGAAUUCCAAACUUCUUGGAGACAAAGUCAAGUUAAUAAAAUCCGCCCUCAAACGUCCAGAAGGAGCUAACAUAGGUUUGUAGUAGUAUAGUAAGGACCGAAUUAUCCUUUUUCACCAAGUAUCAUCUCAUUAGUGUGAAGUGAAAUACAUUGACGCUGGUUAUGUCAUAGCCUUUUGUAUUUAUCUCAUGAAUAAAGCGCGGAGAAUAUCAUCAAGAUAAGGUCAUAUGCUAUUUUUAGAUGGUUAUUUUUAGGUUGAUGAAUGCCUUCCUUUUUGAUUGGCUGACUGGUUGACUGAUUGAUUGGUUGAUUCAUGGUGUCGAAGGAAUAAGCGCUAACUCGCCUGUGACUUAAAAUCAUUGAGCCGUAACGCAAUUAUGCAAGUUCUAUUUUCUGCCGCUUUCAUUGUCCAUUGCAGCCAAUACUUGUUCCAGUUCCGCGUCACUGAUUAUUGACGCUCACAUCGUAUAUAUUAAUGAGAGCGAAGGGAAACUAACUCCAGCAAGAAACACAAUAUUUUACUUACCCCUCCCCAGUCCUGCCUUCUCCGUAAUUCAACUUUUUCGCUCCUCCUCUAUUUUAACCCACCGCAACAAUAUUUUUAUUGUUUUCCCUCCUCCUCCUUAUUUUUAUUGUAUAUUACCCCCCCCCCUUACCAAGCUCCCCAACCCAUUGUCAUUCUUCUUGACUGUAGUUUCUUUUCGCAAGAUAAUUUUAGAACAUGAGAUAACAGCCAGCAUUUCGUGACGUCACCAUUGGUUUCCUGCGAAAUAACGUCAGAAAUAGGCCAUUUCCGAGUUCCCCAGGGCUUCUGUUUCAAAACGAGGGUAGGUGUUCAGCUUUUGAUAAGGAAAUCAUUUUUCAUUCUCAUGCAAAUAAAACUCAUUUUCACAAGAAAGGUUGUGCACCUAGCCUCAUUUUGAAAGUGAGGGUUUUUGGAACUAGAAAGUGGCCUAUUCCAUAAGCUCCUUUUGUCAAUGCGCACAUUUCACCUUUGAUGAUUUAUGUAAUUUGUUGUUUCAUUUUUUGCUUACUUUUGUAAUGUGUUGUAAUUUUUGUAGUAUUCUCUUGAAAUAGUGCAAAAAAAUCUGAAAAAUCCCUACUGAUUUAACGCGUCACUACCCAGGUCUGGGUAGUUCUGCUGUGACGUCGAGAAAUGUCGGCUGUUCUAUCAGGCUAACAUUUCUAUAGAACAACACAUUUUAGCAUCGUUUUCAUAUUUUCCAACUGAACGUAGCUACAGUGUAGAUUCUCUUUAAAGUAAAAAGCAUGAUCUUUGUGAUCUUGUGACGCGGCCGAUCACGUAGCAUUCACGCCACUCUUAUCACACUAAUCAGUCUCGACUUCCCCAACCUAGUUUGGUCGAAAUUGUCGAAUUUUUGGCUAAAAACUAAAAAUCUCUAAAAGCAAAGAGUGGACAUUAUAUUGAUUGAUUAAUCGAUUGAUUGACUGAUUGAUUGAUUUUGUAUUUCACGGAAGAUUUAACUGAUUAUGGCAAUGAUGUGGCAGACGGUAAAGUUGUGGACCCAAAGGACAAUACGCUGGAUUUGUUUGAGAUCUUACGCGGCCAUCGUCCAUCAGCAGGUACACUAUUAACUCUCUACUUUUUAAAAUCUUAUAUCUUUAUUAUCUACUGUAUAAAUUGGCGGAGUUUGUUGCUUGCUAUGGAGUAAACAUCGUGAUUUUUUUUGUUAAAAGGCAAAGGUAUUUUUACGUAUUUGUGGGGGUCUGAUUAAGUUUUUUUGACCAUUACUUCAAUUUUGUGAAGUGAACGAUGGUGCGUGUGAACUUCACGGCGCGCCCGAACUUCACAAUUGUACUUAGCUAACUGACUUGUUGGGAAUAAAGACCAUACUGCAAAAUGGAAACCAUUAUCAUUGCUGUACGUGCGACGCACGUGAGAGCCAUGGUAACGAGAAACACGUUUCGUCCUUUCUCCUCGCUCCUCUCCUUUCGACUCGUGCUCCACAGUUUCUAACGACUGCUGAAUGGAUUGCCCGAUCAGUAUCUUACAAUAUUCGUUAAUUCCUUAUAAUGAGUCGAAAAUUUGUAGCCAUUAGUCCGUUUUGAAUUCCUGACGCCUUUUGAGACACGGAAAGCGGCUACUUAUUUUCACGUUUGCAAUGUUUACAUUAAAACUCGUCCACGUUAAUGAACGAAAUUGGGGUGAUUUGUGGGCUAGAUUCUCUCUUAGGAUUUUGAUCGCGAAAUAUAACUUGAAAUCCAAAGAUUUAACGAAACGUAAAUAGAAACUGGUUCCAGGCCGUGUAAAUCUUGUUAGUCGAGCUUGCUUUAGCAGCGAGGCACUAAAAUUGUAAGCGUUUCUUUUUCUUUCUCUCCAAUCGAGGCCCUUGAUGUUCGUGUAUUUAUACACGCGUACUCAAUUCAAUCAAUGCAGAAACAAAUCGUCAAAUAGGAUGUCAAAAGUAAAUAUCCUGAAGAAUACUCGACCGUCGACAAAGUAGGACGUGAAAAACUUUCAACGAGGAAAUCUUGUUUCGUGUAGAAUUAACCGCCUCCUCAGUUCUUAUCUAAUCUACGAGCAAGAUCGACUUACACGCUUUUCAGAUCGUUCUUGUUUUCUGCGUAUUUUUGCAGUGAGUGACACGGUGUCAGUUGGUGAACCUGAUUUAACUGAGCUUGGAGGGGAAUCUGCCGUUCAAACGGCAGCAAGUCUAGAUCUUUCAAGUCAAGAAGAUGUAAGUUGUAUUUUCCUGCCUUCUUUUUCUCACACUGGUCAGCACAUGUAUUGUUUUGCCGACAGUCAAAAGAAAAAUCAUAGCGUUUUCUAGCAAUGUCUUUGUCUCGAGAUACGAUUGGUUUAGUAUUUAAAAAGGCAGCGUGGCCAAGUGGUUUAAGGCGCUAGAUUUUAACUCGAUCUCCCUAGGUUCAAAUACUUGCUCUAGUCAAUAGCUGGAAUUUUUCCUUGUAAUCUUGAGGUCAACUCCUCGGCCACGCUAGGAAAUAGCCAACGGGGUCCCUCCAGUUUUUCAUUCGUCUAAUAGUUUUAUUUGAAGGCGUGGAUUGUCUGGUGGGGAGUGUUUUCCAGCUCUUGAUGAACGGCCAGGGCCGCGUGGCCAUUAUGAAGCUUUAGUAAACAUGUAGAACUAUACAGCUUCUGCUGCUAGAGGUCAAAGCGUUCUUGAAGCCUAAACCUCCAAAUUUCGAAUCUGACAAAUAACUCUUCAUCUUUAGAUUUAUACAUUGCCGGUCUUUUGACAGGUAGUCUGUUCAAGUUGCAAUAAAAUCGUCUGUAAGUUGCAUGAAAGUAUGACUGCCGUUAGUUUAGCAAGGCGACCUGGAAUCACAUUUGAAAAUUGCCCUUGAAAUGUAUUUAUUGUUUGUCGUAUUUUAUUUUUAAUGGUUGUAUUUACUUCAGAUUGAGCCGGCGCCAAAACCAGUUCGUUCUAAGUCACCAAAGGAGAAGCGGGACAGGUCACGAGACAGAUUCCGGGACAGAUCACGCGAUAGAUCCCGCGGGCUCACCCGGACCGUGGAUUCUGACGAUCUGCUCUUCAAUUUUUCGGAAGAUGAUGAAAUGGACAGGAUUAACAGAAAAGCUCUUCUUGGUAUGUUUAGCGGCAAGAUAAACAAAUCUGUGGCCCUCAAAAGGACAUUUUACAAGAACUGCGUCAAACUUUGAUCCACUGUUUUCAGCAAAUUAAAAUUAAGACUUAAGUCAAAUUAAGUCAAUGGUGCCUUGAGCGCACGCUCGCAUUUUCCAGCAGCCUGUCUCAUUCUGAUUGGUUCAUUGAAUUUUCUACGUCUUUUGUGCUUGGAUUAAUCAUUAAUCAUUUUGCCAUAUUGAACUGUUCACCUUAAGUUUUACCUUCUUUUUUUGUUUAGGAAUAAGCGCGGAGCACUGGAACGAGCCAUCGCUUUCAUCGGGAGUCGUUCGCCCAAUUAAACCCUCGCAGACUUCCCGCGCGCCUGUCUCCAGACUGCUGAGUGCUGUGAAGGUGAGAGAUUUUGAACUGGCUGACAGAGAACUGAAGAAAGUAGAAUCAAGAGCGACUGCCUUGAGAACACUAGCGGGAAGUUGUGCCGAGAGAUCAAGGAAUACUGAAGGAGUUAGGUAAGGCUUACGAAUAUAUUAUUCUGCAGUAUUGUUAAUAAACUACAAACUUUGCAAGAGUAGGUUCUUAGUUCUCGAUAAGUUCUUUCGCCCGCUCGUCCCGCAGGCUCACCCGAGCAAAGCCCCAUACCUAAGAAAAGUGUGUGCUCAGCCUCGGUGUGGCGUUCACGCACAGGACGCCUUUUAGAAUUAGGGAUUUCUAGUACUACAUAUACACGUCAUGUCGUUGCUGUUUGUGCACUCCCACUGUACGUUUUCGCUUUAUUUUAGUAGUCACCUUUUCGUGAGUCCUUCCUAAAUUUACAUCUUUUAAUUCAAUACAUAUUUCUUGUCGCAGGCUAGUUCGAGUCUCCUGUGAUGAAAUAGAAAAACUAACACCGCUUAUCGUGCAAGCGGCACAUGAAUUCCAUACUAACCCACGUGACCUGGUGGUUGUUGAACGCCUGCAAACGAUUGGACGGGAGUGGGCUUCCAAAGUACAUGUGUUGUCCGGUGCCGUCGAUGAAAUAGUUCAACCGUGGUCAGCGGCGGCUUCCAAGCUGGCUCUGGCAGCUACAUCCGGGGAUGCUGAAGAACUGAAGAAGCAGGUCAGUUUUGUUUUCCAAUCAUUUACAAAGUUUGAGCAUGCGCAAAAUGAAGGACUUUUCCGGAUGUCGUUAUCUUUUUUUUUUGUACGUUUGCGUUCUAUUCCUAGUCGCUAUUGGAACGAAUUAGAUAAGAAGAAAUUGUACAGUGAAACCCCGCCUUACGGCCACCUAGGUAAUACGGUCACCUCGUUAUUACGGCCUUUUUUUGGCCGCCCGGCAAAACGGUCAUACAUUCUCUCGAAAAAGAACCCUCGUUAAUAUGGUCAACCGUUAAUACGGCCAAUUUUUUUUGGCCCCGGCAUUGGUGCCCGUAUUAAUGGGGUUCCACUGUACAUGUAUUAAGAAUAUUCUGGGCGCAAUUGCCCAUCCCCCCACCCACGACCGUAGUUACUCUCUCUUAUCUAAUAUUUAGGGUUUGAGAAGGAGUCUGAUUUUUAGAUUCCUUGAGGUGCCGGUUAUGUUGAAGAGAUGAUGUGUGCAUAACACAAUAACAUAAAACUGAAUCAAAACAGUUGUUUAAGUAUUUUUUCCUUAAGAAGACUGUGAUGAGAGUGUCAAAUGUCUUAGGCAUAAUAAGCACUAGUGGGAGAUACUAGAAGAGAGUGAAAACUCAGCUAAAAGAUGCAUAUACUAAGAACUGACGUAUUUAAAUUAUCUGAGGUGAAAUGCUUUGCGAAGAUGGCAUAAAUGUCUGGGAAGAAUGCAAGUAUUUAUGAUGUCCCACCGGCUAGUCAUGCGUUACAACAAGGUUGGUGUUUUUUUCCUUUUUCGUUAGGUGGACAAUAUAAACAGACAUGUUCUUCGGCUCAGACAGUUGGCAGUAGCAGCCAAAGCAGCGGCAGAUGCUGAAGAUUACGCUAUGAAUGCUGGGAAUGAAGGUGAACCGCCUGCACGUGACCCUGCCUCGCUUCAGCGUGUUGAGCAGGUUCGGUUGACGUCAGGAGAAGUAGAAAGAAUGACACCUCAACUCAUAACGGCGGCUCAGGUUUGUAUGAAACAUAUUUGCCUUAGAAUCUUUUUGCAUCCGGAAAAGAUUUAAAAAAAUAGAUGAUAAAACGAUCGGACUUACUGUGUCAAAGCUUGCGGUCAAGUCGAAAACUUCGGUACACGUGGGGAGAGGCGAAAAGUGUAGAUCCUCUUGGACUCUUGGCCGACACUCACAUGAUUUUUUCGGUGUACAUAGCAUAGCAUAUUUCAGAUUCUGUAUUAGAAGCCCGGUUUAUUAGUCCAAUUGUAGAGAUGAAACGCCGAGUUCGAGAGGCUGCCAUUUUGAUUUCAAAUAAUGAAAGAGGAAUCCUGGAGGAGCGCAAACUGUAGACCAACACGGAUGCCUUAUUCACACUCUGUGAUCGAUCUCAGUCGAAAUUCACAAGGAAUAACGGGAGACUUCUCUAGAACAGUCUUAACUGUCGUUCAAGGGCCGGGCUGUCUUAUUGCAUUUUCAGUGAUUUUGCCAGUUUUCGUUUAAAACUACAAAUUUUUGACAUUUUCAGACAUAACAUACAAACUAAUACAAACUUGAAAACUGGCUGCUGUUUUUUGUGUUUACCUGAAUGCGAUCCGUUUUAGUCUGUUUCAGUUUUUCCUAUCUGUGCUGCUUUUUGGCUCUUCUUUAGUCUUCAUGUGCUCUUCUAAAAUUUGAAGCAAUCAGUAGUUUGAUAUUACAGCUGGUUCUGUGGUCAUUUGGUCUGUGUUGCCAUUUCCUAAAAUAAUCCUUUUAUUCCCCUAGGCAUUGUCAAGAGAUCCUACUGAUAUUGCGAAUGUUGAGCGAUUAGAACUGCACAGGAGGGACUGGGCCUCUAAAGUCUACAGUCUGGUGUUUGCCGUUGAUGACGUCACAGUUGGAACGUCUGCACCAGUUGAACAACUAACAUCUGUUGCCUUGGCGGCAGACCAGCAUGCAUUGCAAGAACAUUCCCGCAUGUUAACCUCAUUUUCUCGAACUCUAAAAGAAAUGGAAAUUGCCUCCACGGCUGGGUUAGUGCAGUAACCGGUCUGUGCGUUUUAUGUUCAUUUCAAUUUUAAAUAUUCCUAACCUGUUCCAUGCUCUCUGAGACAAUGUAACAGGCUACACGGUUCCCUAACAAGCCUUAAAUUUCAGGGCGAGCAAUUUAUUGAAAGUCCCAGAUGUGACACUACAUUCUGUGCAGCGAAGAGGGCUUCGUGGAUCAGUAAUCUGUGAACCAUGUUACUUAAUCCGCCAUUUGAACGUCCCAACGACAUUCAGAUAUAAAUGAUCCUUGCCUAUUUUUCCUUUUUUUAGUUGCGAUGAUCCCAAGAAAGUAAGUCUUGCUGAGGCGACUGUCAAUUCUGUAGAGAAGUUAACCACUGACCUACAGGACACAGCUCGCGUGGUAUCUGAGAUGGCUGCGCGGGAACACAGAACACUGGAGCAAAGUUUGGCGUACAUGGGGGUGGUAGAGAGGAUGAACUUGCUUCAAAGAGAGUGGGCGACUAAAGUGAGUGUAUGGGGGUGGUAGAGGGGAUGAAUUUGAAUCAUCACUGAUCAGAUAAGACGCAGGUUUCGAUUCAAUUUUAGCAAUGGUGCAGGGAGGAGACUAUAAGAAAAAAACCGUGAAAAGAGAAUUAUUAGACUUAUUUUUAAAUCAUUCUUCAUUUAUGCCUUACCAUGAAGUUGAAUCAUAGCAAACCAAAAGAAGCUAUUAAAACCAUAUUGAAAUCACUUUCCCAACUACGCCCCCUGACACAAAUAAAACACAAUUCGCUUUUUGGCACGGAGAGAAGUUUAUUAAGAAUACGAACAAAAAGUAAACAACAGCCAACGAUAUACCUAAUAAACCUUUCUGCCACCCUGUGACAUUAAAUAAAAUCACCAAGGGUGGGUGGGUGGGUGCAGUACGGUGCAAAACUCUGGUAUACGCUCGAGGUAAAAACUGACUCGAAAUGAAACGCGAAACUCCUAUCACCUGAUACUAAAGGAUGUGUGUUGCGCAAUUAAUCCCUUUGAACACGUGCUUGUCCAAAGGGGGCAACUGAUUCUGUAAUUUUUUAAACUUCAGGUCCAUUUGCUAACUGCUCUUGUAGAUGACCUGACCGCUGAAGCGUCGGCACCAGUGGAUCGUCUCGCGGGCGCAGCACUUGCUGUUAGCAAAGCAGAACUGGGUGAAAGAAUACAACAGCAAAGCAAUUUUGAGAUGCAAGCGGAUGAGCUCAAAGCAAGUGUGGCACGUGUUCGAACGCACGCGAGUAAAGCCGUGGAGAAUUCUCGACACACAAGUAAAGUUAGACACGUUCGUGUGACUGGUGACUUCAUUGACAGACUAACGCCGCAAGUUAUAGCAGCGGCACGUGCCCUAGCCGGUGAGAAGAAUUUACAUGAAUCUUCUCGUAAUGCUGUUGUUGUUUCUUUUGCAUGGCGAAGUCAUUUAAGACGCGAUGGAAAUUUUCCUCUUAAAAGAGGUCAAAGCUUGGUUCAACAAAAUUUCAAAAUUUCAUCAUGUGAAUGUACUGCUUGAGAGGUUUUAUUUACAUGGUCGCACUUUCCGUCAUUUACUCUAAAGGCCGAUACACACGAGGGGUUUUGCUCCCGGAGCAUGCUCCAGGCUCAUUUUGCACGUGUCAGUACACACGAGGGAGCGUUUUCAAGUCCGAGAUAUUUAACCGGUUAAAUAUCGUGGAGCAUUUUGCGGGGUGGAAAUUCUGCUCUCGAGGAUGAAGUAUACUCAUGAAAUCGUUGGUACACACGGAGGGGCUUUACUCCCGGAGCGUGCCCCUGGAGCAUGCUCCGGGAGCAAAAUCCCUCGUGUGUAUUGGCCUGGAGAGAGUUUGCUCUGUAUUAACUCUAAUUUGCACCUGUUUAUAACGGCACUAUGGAGUGGUGAGAGAGGUAGUAUAGGUAAGUAACUCUGCCAGAUAAAAGUUCCAUCGACUGGGGAUGAAAUUUCGAAUACCUCUUCAUGUUACCAGAAUCGAGUGUCCCUGAUCUAUUUAGUGGCUUAGCCGCUCAGGGCUGUCACCAAGAUUUCAAGUUGCCGGGUAUAUGAAAUUAUGAGGCGGGUAAUCUAUUCAAUAACUAGAAUGUCCCUUUGGUUGUAUUUUUCUUUUGUUCCAUAUGAAAGUAGCCGGUUGUUAUGCUCGUAGUAGCCGAGGGAAAUCCCCGGCCCUUAGUGAACAGCCCUGCAAAGUCUCAACAGUUCUACUUAAAUUUGCACGGGUUUUACCUUAUUACUGUUUGUGAAUAAAAAUGAAGCCUCCAAAUGAAUUCUUAGUCUACGCUUUAGUAACUGUCAGUAUUGAUAUUACUGGUAUGUUUCCUUGUCAGGCCUAAGUUAUUUGAGUUUGAUUGUCAUUUCAGACAAACCUGAUCAGUCAACUGUGGAGCAUUUUCAGAUGUUAAGACGUCAGUGGGCGUCAAAGGCUCAGCUUCUGAUGGCCACACUGGAUGGUCUGCCCGAUGCUGAUACUGCCGCUGUACAAGGUAAGUAUCAAAAGACAGCCGCGGGCGCCCGAUCAGAGCUCGAGGAUCCCAUUUUCGGACAACACGAACGUACCUCGUGAUUAGUAUUUUCCCGCUUUAGCAACGUUUACCAUCUGCAGUUUUGAACGCGAGAAAAUCAUUUGAUGUAAUCAGUUUAAGUUUUUUUUUCCUUCUUGGGGAUUCAAUGGCAAUCUAAAAAGAAGCCCAGCCAAGGACACUUUUAAGGCACCGGAGCUCAAACUGGUAGCUGGAGCCAUUCCAGGAUCCUUGGCUGGUCAAAGAGUGGGGGACAACAAACCGGCGUUAGUGGCUAGUAAAAACACCGCGAAAUUUCAGAUCUUAAGUGCCGUGGUGAACGAGAAGUGCUUGAUAUAGUGUACAGUUCAAGUGACCAAUCAGCCAAGUCUCUGACUUAUCGGAUUCCCUCCUGAAAAAUAGUAUCCUAUAAGAAUUAUUUUUUACUUUUUUUUAGCUUAAAUGAGUUAUCUCGUGCUAACAAAACUAAGCUAAGCAAAAGGCUCGCACAAUUAUUUGACGUGUUUAUUAUUUGGUUCCUUAACAGACGUGUUUCAGGCAUUGUUAGGAAUGCCGCAAAUGGAAGCUACGCACAGCUUUGAAUCAUUGAACGAAGAGGAAGCGGUCGCUAUCGAGGGCUCAUCGCGUGAACAAAAACCUUUCUCCUAUGGAGAGGGCAGUGUGCUGGUAUCACCCUCUCCCACGAAAAGUUUACCAUCUGCAGCUAGUCAAUCACCGGAAACUAGCUCGUUCUUCGAUGACAUGGCAUUGAACGAUGUAAGUCUCAUUAUUCAUCACCCUAAUAUAUAGUCCGCGGUUUUUACGUGACUGUAGUCAAUUAACUCUCCUAACGAAUUGAUACAAUUUAAUUUAGUGCUGACCAUUACCUUUGUUAACCUUGCACAAAAAAGUGUAAGCAUGGGAGUCUGGAUAUAAAAGGCUAAAAAAUCAAAGCCCUUGCGCAUUGAAGGUGUUUUUAUCGAAUUCAAAAGCCGCGCGAUAACGUUUUUUCCUUUUCGGGGGAGGGAGAGAAACAAUUGAAUAUUUUUUUGCCGCAGUACCGAACAGAUUCCUGAUUCGUGAAAUUAAAAACAAUUUGAAACUUGUCAAAGGUACCUCAUACGAACUUCGUUCCCAAUUUCUGUGGAGGAAGUUGACCCGAUUAACGGCUAGAUUGAUACCUAUUCUGAAGUACGCUCAGAUGCUUAUUGUGUAACUGACAAAAUAUCUUUCUCUUUUGCUUUGAAUUAAAGAGGAACAAAUCCCUGGAAAGGUCAUUUUCACUUUCCGACACUGAGAGUGCCCCUGAGGUCCGUCGCCUGCGAGGGCCCUGGGGAUCUGCUAGUGAAACGGAUCUCGCGAGAAAGGCCCUUGUUGAUGAGCUUCACCAGCGCUUCUCCUCAGCCGAGUCCCUCGCUCGUGCAGGAGGCACUAGGCGCUAUCGACACCAUCAGCGAGCUGCCAGCAUCAUGGGACUAUCCCGAGGUGAACCCGACUGGAGAUCGACGUCUGUCGAAGAAUUGAGAGCAAAGAAAAGCUCCAAGUCAAUUGAGGUAGGUUUAUACAAAUAUCAGGGGCACCCAACGACGAUUUCCCUCUACGCACAUUGAAAACACUGUUUAGGCUAUCCAGAGAACUUUUAGAUCUCUAGAAAUGCAUUAUAUAUACAAAUACAAAUUACAGAUACAAAUUUUAUAGCGCCGCUGUAUCUGUUCUGUCAUCCUAGGGCAACUUGAGUCGGUUCGAAAUUAUUAGGCCUCCAGUAUUACUUUCCCGAAAAUUUUAGAUGCAAUUAACGUUUUACGAAAGUGAGAAUUUUUCUAUUUCUUCUCUACAUCGCUUUUUUGAAUCCGAACAUUUUAGGUUUUCUUUUUACUGCGAAAAAUAGCCGAACCUGGGGAGUAAAAUGUAAGAAAUUAAACUUCAGAAAAUCGUAGCGGGUUUAAUGGAAACGCUUCGAAAAUUGUACAUGAAUGGAACGGUCAUGAAGAAAUUUUUAGCCGUCCUCAAGUAGUAGAAAAUUCUAGGCAAUAUUUGCUUCUCGGAACAGAUAUUUUACAGAAAACAGUCGUUGGGUUCCCCUGAAAUAUUAAUGCAGCGUUAAAUUUUCGAGGCAUUGCUCAAUACUGUACAAUUUUAUCGCUAGCAAUUUUGAACAAUAAAAUUUUGGGAAAAUUUGUUGUAACUUGACCUUGACGAAGUACAUCAGCGUUUUUCCUUCAUUCAUUUUGACGCACGUCAAGAGAUCAUUAUGAUCUGUUGCGGCGCACGUAUAGUUGAAGUUUUGUUACUUGUUUUGUAGUUUGCCGCCCAACUGCUGCAAGAAGAAACAGAUAAAUGGGAAGAAGAAAACAACUCAAUCGUGAAGGUGGCCAAAGAAAUGGCGCUACAAAUGCUGCAGAUUGCAAAGUUCGCUCGAGGACGAAACCGACUCCAGGUACCAUAAAUCAAUUGAAUGCAAAACAGUUGGUUUAUUUUCAUUAUAACUUUUUCACUGCUCGUAAGACGUGAAGCGACGGAAUGGUUCCCGAGUGUCACUCUCUGUCGCCGGCGCCCUCCGUAUCCUGCGUGCGCCAGAGAUUUUUCCGCGCGUGCGGCGGGAUAUUUCGGUCCGGCCACGAGCGGCGAAGCAGAUCGAUUUGACCGAAACCGCGCAUUUAAAAAGUCUCCGGCACUCAGGGUGAUCUCCGACAACGCCUUCCGAAAACGCCUCAAUCCCGAGUACCUAUGUUUUAUGUAAAAUGUUUUUAACUCCGUUGAUUUUGAAUACUAACCAAAACCUUUCUACUUUCUGGCCAAAAAGUCUUAGGCAGUUUUAAAAAUGAAACAGUGAGGUCAAUUUAGGUCCAGGGUUGGGUCAGUUGAUCUGAUGUAUUAAAAUAUUUCAACUUAAAUGAAAAAUGAACUUAAAAAGUGUGUUAGACCACUGCACAAUUUCCAGGUGAUGUGCAUUGUACGAAUUAACGUUUGAAGGAGAAAAUGCGUUUUAAAACGCGAGUCAUGAUAAAAUGCUAACUGCGAGUUAAAUAAUCAAAUGGCUAAAUAGUGAGUGAAGGGGGGUUCUUUUUUUCCGCUCCACAGAGUAAAAUGGAAAUGAUUAACAUGGCAAAAGCGAUUGCUUCUAACGCCAUGGUUAUCCUCAAAUUUGCUCAUGUUAUUGCUGAACAAAGUGUAGACGAAAGGUAAGGAGUCAGAAAAGGACAAGUAUUUAAAUUUGAGAAGGUUUAUUUAUUUAUUUUCAAAACUGCAGUUAGUAUUUUUAAGUGUUUCAGUGAUGACCAACAAUUUUUUGGAAUCCACACAGAGAGAUUACUAGAAACGUGUAAAGUAAAUUCCAUAAGAAGGUGACAACGAGCGUAGAAUUAACAUACUGAUGACGUGUCGCUACUCAGAUCUGGGUAGUAACGCGUCAUCAGUAUGGAAUUUCUGCGUUCGUUUCCCAGACGUCAUUUCGCGGGAAAACCAGCGGUGGCAUCACGAAAUGUUGGCUGUUUUCUCAUUAUAUACUUAACACGGUACAAUACUUCGCAUUGAUUUUUCCGUCACAAUUUUAGAGCAAAAGACAAAGGAUCAUUGUACAUCGUCAUGGAUUUGCCGACAUACACUGCAGCACCUUUGUUUUUAUCUUUGUUUUUUGCCGCCUUUCGUAACCAGUCUCUCCUACUAACUAUGCUACUCGGCUGGUUAUAAGCUCCCAUCUAAUUAUAAGGUAGACUACUCAUGGACAGCCCUUAAUAUGUUGCUAUUGUUAUUUUUGUACAGGAGUAAAAGUGACCUGCUGUACUAUGCAGAAUACUUACCUACUAUCAGCACCCAACUCAAAAUCAUAUCUUCAGUGAAAGCAGCCACUCCCUCAGAUAUUUCGGUAUGUUGAACUUUGAUUUUGGAUGGUUCAUUUUUGUGAAUGACAGGAAUCGAAAAAACCAUGAAUUCCAGUUUGUCCUUUGGUCAAGCAGCUGUCACAUUUUGCUUGCCGGGGCCACUUCUUGCUCGUCUUAGUGAAUGACUUACUUAGAAAAUGACUUGCUCAGACCCUUGCCCAUUGGGCAAGUGAAUUUUGAAAGUUACUCGACCAGCAAGAAAAUCUGCUUGUCCCGGACUACCAGACGGAACAUUUAUCGAGCCAUGCAGAUGGUGUCAUACUAUCAAUCAAUCAAUCAAUCAAUCAAUCAAUCAAUCAAUCAAUCAAGCCAUAUUAUUUAAACGUGUGACAUUAAUGAGCCGAAAAAAGGCUGGUUACAAAAAAUGUACGUACAAAAUGGCAAUCAUUUGCGAUAGACCAUUUCCGAAUCACCUUUAGCCUCUUUUUAUAAGCAAAUCCUGUUGCCCAUCCUUUCAAGUAAAAAUAAGCGGUUGUCACUCACAAAUAUUUUAAACUCAUUUUCACAGGAAUGGUCGUGUAUUAGGUCUGGUUUUGAUAAAAAGGCGCAGAGCAACUCGAAAAUGGGUCUUUUUCCGUAGUUUAACUCUGACCGGUUUUUAUUGGAGCAAAGUGGAAAGUCUUUUAAUUUGCAAUUGUGCUUCUGGUUUACCGUUAGACCUACUGGAUUGAGGGGUUACUUUUUAAAAAGACGCUGGUGUUUUGUACAAGGGGGUGAAACACCUAAUUUAGUUGUCAACAAAGGGAAAGCUCUCAAAGCUUUCACGGCGUGAAAAUCGGCAAAUCUGCAGAACAAAAUAUGCUAUUCAGUUAGCUGUCUCAAAACCUCCAACCGUGAACUGAAUUUGACGAACAAACCUUUCCUACAUCCUUGUGAAUCAGCAGUAAAGAUUAACAAGCUGGCAGCAGCAUAUAUGCUUCUGCUGGCAGUCAAAACAGUACAACACUGAGGCAGGCACCGCUCUACAGUCCAGUACUGAGCUGAGCUGUUUUCUAGAGGGUCAAACUCAGAGAUAGUUCAAGGGAACACUUUUCGUAUUGAGGUUUGACUUCCAAAGCACUGCAUUCGAGUAUUCGAGUGCUCGUUCACAGUAACAUGUAGUACUUUACAAAAAGUAAUCCUCGUGUAAAUUUUCUUUGAACCUUUUUUUGUUAACGGCGUUAAAUUUUAGAAUUUUGAGCACAAAUAUCAUACAGUGAAAACUGUUUUAGCCAUAUUAAUUUUUUUUUCAGUCGCUGGGUAAGGAAAAAAAGGCUUGUUUAACAAGUCUCAAAAGCCUACAGUAUGUAUCGCUCUUCUUUAAAGCUGCUUAUAUUUCGUUCUAUUUCUAAUCAUAUUUCCUUUUCGUCUUCCAGGCAGAUGCAAUGUUGGUGAAAAACGCACAAAAUCUAAUGCAAGCUGUAGUGAAAACUCUAAAAGCCGCUGAAGCUACCUGUGUGAAGGUAACUUCAAAUAAUGGCUAAAACGUUGUUUGAAAAUGAACUGUAGUACUAAAACCUUACUCACUGCUUAUCAGGGUCUCCUACCGCCAAAGCAGGAUGCCUCAGCAGAUCACACAGAGGCCGCUGACCUCGCUUUUCAAUGGAAAAAGAAACUACGAAGGCAACGUGCGAUCGAGGCUCUGACUGCGCCACGUGAUGAGCUAGGACUUCGUAGACGAGAGAAGAACAUCGCCACACCUUCUUUGGUGGAUAUUGUGCAUGUGUAAAAAAUAUUGAAUCAAUAUAGUCUAUUCUAUGUUGGUGUCAUUUCACUCUAGUCGCCAGAAUGCUCAGUCAAGAUUUAGUUUUCUUGUGCGUCGUGUUUUGCUUGUUUUUUACGUUAAUCAACUUUGAAUAAGAAAUAAAAGUUGAACGAAUAUUCUGGAAGUUUUAGCAAAGGAGUGACGCCAUCAUAAAAAUGGUGUUUGUGUUGACGGUGUGUUUCUUCUGUGAAUUAGAUGUAUAUUUAUUUUUAUAAUAUAUAGUUUUUAAUAAAAAAAACACUUUGACUAUGAGCGGUGCC